CGCCGGGACAAGAUGGAAGAAAGCAGCGACCGCUGGAGAACAAUGUUUUGGCAAUAAAACCCCAAAGCGCCCAACACGGAGUGAAUAUAGUCGCGUUUCAAGCCAGCUGCGGUCAUGUGUAGGAUAUUCAUCUCCUGCUUUCCUUUUCAUUAGAUUUAUUGCCCUUCUUCUCCCUUGUACAUAGCAAAACAACCACCAUGAGUAUUAUCCAAGACAAAUUAGGCAAUGAGUUUUUGCGCAACGGUGGUAUGGACCCCAAUUUUCCACCAGGGAUGCUUAUGUUCAGCCACCUUCCACCCGUCACCAGCUUUACGCGACUGGCCUCUCAGUCCGUUAUGGGUGAGCUGCCCCAAGAGAUGAUCCUGAAGAAGGAACGAGACUCACCCCCAGAACACCAGGGCAACACCGCUGCCAACAGUGGGAGCUUCCUUCACAGUAUGGGAAUUAAGCAGGAGCGACUAAAUGAACUGGAUUAUCGGAUGCCCCUCUAUGGCGGGGGCGGAGUUCUGGGUGUGAACUGUAGCGGAGGCGGCGCGGGGAAGAGCAGUGCUGACGUGCCAGAAAUGUCCUUUGGUAACCACCACCAAAAUCACCAGAACAUGCUACUGCAUGAUCUCAGCCUGAGCAACGUUCGCUCCCUUGCAGAACCGAUACCUGGAAGACAAAGUAAAGAGCCAAAAGAUUCCUCGAGCAGAAGAGGGCGAAGGAACAAUGGAGAUGGGCAAGGAGGUAAAGCCCGAAGGAAACGCAGCGAUGUUUCAAAGGGCAUGAUGUUGGAUGCAGAUGGAGCCUGCCUCUCUCCCAACUCAAAACCACAUAUCUGUGAGCACUGCAAUGCUGCCUUCCGCAGCUCCUACCACUUGCGUAGACAUGUGCUUAUACACACAGGUGAGAGGCCUUUCCGGUGCAGUCAGUGUAACAUGAGCUUCAUUCAGAAGUACUUACUUCAGCGGCACGAGAAGAUCCAUAGUGGGGAGAAACCCUUUAGCUGUGACCAGUGUAACAUGCGCUUUAUCCAGAAGUACCACAUGGAACGACACAAAAGGACACACAGCGGCGAGAAGCCAUAUCGCUGCGAUACCUGCCAACAAUUUUUCUCAAGAACAGACCGGUUACUGAAGCACAAACGGACUUGUGGAGAAGCCAUAAAGAAGGUCCUAGACCCAAACAUGCUGGAACUCAGUGAGGCGGAACUUGGCCAAGGCAGCUAUUCACUCUCUCAGGGAAAUGUAAGCACAUCUGUACGCAAGAGGGCUAAGGCCAAAAAUGGUGAGGCCACUGAACGUAAGCGGAAGAAGAACACCUCAUCAUCAGUGGCAGCAGCCUCGUCCUCUGGAGGGAUGGCUCGUGACCUGGGCUUGCAAGAUUUCAACAUGGAGCACCCCUCAGGGUCUGGCCCCACCAUGCAGGGACGUACUCCCAAAUUGGUCUUUAAAAAAGCUGGCCGCAAAGGGCUGGACAAAGACCUCCUCUCUCUGGAAGACACUGCAGAUGGACAGAAACUUCUGUCCCAGAAGCCUGCCUCUAUGGAUCACGUCGAGGCUUCUGGUCUUGACAGCAUGGGUCUACUCCAGGGAAACGGGGGCAGCAAGCAGGGGCCAACCACCAGCAGCAACUACGAUGAUGCAAUGCAGUUUGUGAAAAAGCGGAGGUACCUCCAUGCGGUUAACAGUGACUAUGGAGCCAGCUCCCUGCACAUGGCAACCCAGGGUAGUAGUGUAAUCCAGGGUUCCUUAGGACCAGAGCCUACUCUGGCCAUGCUAGACUCCUCACCUUUGGAACUCAAGCAUGACAAGUCGGGUAUCCCUGAUGAGGUGUUACAAAGCCUGCUUGAUCAUUAUAGCCAUAAGUCAGAGGGGACACACCACCAUGAUGUGACAUUUGACCUGCCAGACCACCCGCACCAUGUGGAUCUGCAGCCAGCUGCACCUGUUACUCCAGAACUGGAUGAUGGCUCACCUAACAGUGGAGAUAAAACGGCAGUGAUGAGUGAGUACUCAAAGUUCCUCCUACAGGCUCUAGAACGUACCAGCCACGGGGGACCCUUCCCCAGCCUGGGCCCAACUGGACCCUUUCCACUUCUGUCCAGCAGCUCCAGUCCCACAGGGCCCCUGUUCUCAGACAAACACGUCUAUACCACAUCCCAGUUAGAUUGUGGUUUCCCACCUGCUGUUUCCUCUCCAAUGCCUAUUGUUGCACCUUCGUCAACCCCCUCUUCUUCCUCAUCCAAGUCACAUUAUGGCAUGCUCGUCGGCUCUCCCUCCCAAGCAGGUUACCACCUCAGUUUGGAACCUGCAAGCCACCAGCAGCUCACUCCUUCUCAGGAGCUAACUGAGCAAUUGGAGAAGCAGCACUCCCCCGGCGCCUUCAACCUACCUCCUCAGGACCUGACUGUCCCAGCAGAGGGCUCCAAAGGGCAGCCGCCCAAGGCUGGAGGGAACCCGGCACCCACAAAUGGCUCCAGAUAUCCAGACCUUUCUCCACUCAAUCCCCCCAAGGAAACCACAUACCAGAUUGAGAACUUUGCCCAGGCUUUUGGCUCCCAGUUCAAGUCAGGGCGACAUACCCCUCUGAGCUAUGGCAGUGAUCCUGCUGCAGAGGUGGACCACCGAAUACGGACUCCGGUGUCAGAAUUCUCAGGGUAUACCAGUUUGUUAGCUGAUGUCAGCGAGCCAGUGAGUACAGGAUCAAAAACCCCGACAAGCCAAAGUUAUAGAUAAGGGUCAAACAAGGUGAAACCAAUAGGGAGCUGUUUGGUUGCUGUCCAUACAGUUUCAAUACCAUCCUGAUGUUGUUCUUGUAGCAAAGAUAAUUUUUUGUUUGUUUUUUGUUUUUAAACACUGCCAUUAAUUAUUGAUACAAAAAAAUGACCAGGGAGGGUCUUCCAUGGCCUGAAAUGCAAUGUUUUCUAAGAUAUUUUCAUUUUUUAAUAUGUAUUUAGUCACUUAAUUUUUUUCAUAGUAGUGAUUUUUGAUAUGAACAUAAACCGUAGAUUUAAAUGUAAUUUAAAACAUUUAGAGGGUAGCUACAAAUUUGCUUUUUUUUCUGAACUUCUUUCACCAAUCACUAUACCAUUGUAAAGUAAUAAUAAUGUUGAUAAUUUCAAUAACAACAUUUGUGGCAGGGAAAGGCCCAGAAUUCAAAUGGCAAAAAAGUAUAUAUUGUCUGUUACAAGAAACUUAUUAACUCAGGAAAUAGGCAAAAUUGUGUAAUAAGACUUUGUAUUAUGAGAUGCAAUUCGCUCGCACAGUUUUUACCGUUAGGUGUAUUUUGAGACUACCGAACUUUUUUUUUUUUCUUGUCAGAACAAAAAAUUACAGUAAUGCUCAUUCCUGUACAUCAGUACAGUGUGUGAGUCAUGACCUUUUUGUUUUUUUUUUGUUUUGUUUUUUUCAUGCUGUUCAUAACUGUCAAGAUGAUGGUACUGUUUUAUCAAUGUGAAUACAGCCACAUUUCUUUUACACAAAACCACAUGUGCAUGAGAUAGUAAGACUUUUUUUGUAUUGGAUUUCAGCCUACGGUGCACAUAGGAUGUUGUGAACUGCAAAGGAUUUUUUGAACAUUACUGUUUCGCCGCUGUAUAAAGAAAAAAAAUGCAGUUCAAACAAAAUGUUCACUGAAGGCUACCGUACAUUGUCGCUGAAACCAUCUGUCUCAAAAUGCAUUGAAAACCAGUUCUUGAUCUUUUCAUCAUGCCGUUGCUGAUGUGUGUUCUUUUUAACAAGACACCACUUGUGUGCAGCAGGUAUCACGGGGAAGCAAAAAA